GCCCGCACCAAAGUCAGGCAUGUGUACCACUACACCAUCAGUGACUCCUCGUAAAUUCAUAAUCAAGGAGCGGUUGGUGAGGUCUGGGCUUCUGGGAAGAGACACAACCCAAGACAGGAUGAAGACUCUGCUGCUACCUCUGCUGAUGGCGUUGGCCUUGAUGUCCACCACUGCUCAAAAGGCUCGGAGUCAGUUCACGCGUUACCGCUCAUGGAACUCCCGCAUGUACCCUGUGUGGAAGGAGGGAGACCCAAGAUUCAGAAACUGUUGGUCUGGUGGUCCGGUCACGUUUGAUCUGAAGAACGAUGCGCCCACGCUGCUUGGAGCAAAAUCAACCUUUAAUAUUAAUCUUAAUUUCCCUCCAAACCAAACUGUGCUCGCCGAUGGGCAGGUGGUCUGGGCGCGUAACUGCACAAUUGAUGGGCAACAGUAUCAGGCGGGCCAAGCUGUGUAUCCAGAGCAAACAAAUGAGAUGACAGGGGUUUUCCCAGAUGGCACGCCUUUCACCAGGACCCGGGACAGGAAGCCCCACUAUGUGUAUGUUUGGAAGACAUGGGGUAAGUACUGGCAAGUGGCAGACGGGCCCUCCUCCUCGCUCACCAUCUCAACAGACGAUGUCUCCCUGGGCUCCUACAACAUGGAGGUUGUCAUCUAUCACUGCCGCGGAAAAAACAAGUUUAUCCCCCUCGGUUAUGCCUCCACGGUCUUCACAAUCACAGACCAAGUUCCGUUCACCGUAUCCCUGGCUCAAGUCAAUGACAUCAACCAAGAUGACUCAAACUUCAUCCAGAAACACGCCAUCGCUUUCAGCGUCAACGUUCACGACCCCAGCCAAUACCUGAGUAGUGCUGAUAUCACUUUCAGCUGGGACUUUGGAGACAGCACUGGAACGCUGAUCUCCAGGGAGCGGACGGUCACGCACACGUACCUUGCAGUCGGGACCUUCAAACCUCAAGUGGUCUUGAUGGCCAGCAUUCCUAAUGGUUGUGUAAACCCCUCAGCUGGAGUUCCAGUUGCCUCUGCUGUACCAGUUGUAGUGGUGACCCCUGAAGCUGACCCAGCAGUUGUCGCAGAAGCAGAUUUACCUGCCGCAGACACUGACCCAGCAGCAGCAGCUGAAGAGCCUGUCCCUGAUGCCACUCCAGUGGAGAAUCCUGAUCAGCCGGCCGAAACAGCCGCCGACACAGACGACGCGGAGGCAGCAAUUGAUGCAGGAGCGGAUGAAGUAGAGGCUGUCUCGGCAGCCCCUGCAGCAGUUGACGCAGCCGUUGCUCCAGCAGUACAAGAUUCAGUCGCCACUGCUGCUCCUGCCGCCGAGGUUGAAGUCGCUGCUGAGGAUGCUGCCGCUGGCGAGGUGGCCACCGCUGCACCUCUCGAACCUGCAGCUCAAGACGCAGCAGUGGUUGAAACCGCUGCUGCAGACGAAGUGACCAAUGAAGCUGCAGAGACGGUGCCCGUGGUUGAAGUAGCUGCUUCCGUGGCCCCAGUCGAAGAGGGAGAAGAAGCUCCGGAAAAUGUAGCAGCUACAGUCCUUCCAGGGGCCGUUGUCCCUGAAGUGACCGUAGUGGCAGAAGAAGUAGCUGUGGUUGAAGCUACUGCUGAGGAUGCUGCAGAAGUGGUCCAGACUGAAACAGCAGCCCCUGCUGAUAAUGUCGUAGUCCCCGCAGCCACUGAGAGCGCCACUGUAGAAGAAGCUGACAAUGACAACGAUGUUGCUGUUGCUACUGCAGCUCCAGCAGGUGAUGAAACGGUCCUAAACGAAGGGGAAGUCCAAGCCGAAGUGGAAGCAGAUCCAGCACAAGUUGCCCUCGUUGUGGUCAAAAGACAAGUACCAGAAGUUUCAGCCGACUGCAUGGUCUACCGUUACGGCUCCCUCGUCACCUCCGUCGACGUUGUCCAGGGAAUUGAUAGCGUUGAGAUUGUGCAGAUGUCCAAUGUUGUGUCGCUGGCAACUGAGCUAAAUCAGAAUGCCGUGGAUGUCACCGUUAGCUGUCAAGGAAGUUUACCAAGUGAGGUGUGCACAGUCAUUUCGGAUGCUGAGUGCAUCAUCCCAGUGGAAACUGUCUGCAGCGUGGCCACGCCCUCGCCUGACUGCCAAAUGGUCCUCCGCCAGUUCUUCAACGAGUCUGGUGUUUUCUGCCUCAAUGUCUCCUUGACUAAUGAUGUCAGCCUUGCUAUGACAAGUGCUCGUGUCAGCGUGGCAGUAGCCUCUGCUGGUUCCCCCGCUGGAACUGCUGCCAUAAUCCUCGGUGUGUUGGUUCUUGCCUGUGUGGUUUGCUGUAUCGGUUUGAUGUACAGGCGCUUCAAGCAGUACCAGCCAAUGAGAGAAGACAGUGACGGCAGCAGCUCGGCAGUUACGUCAGUCCCAUUGUUGCUGUGGAACUUGCUGAUGCGACAGUCGCCUGGAGAAAGCCGCCCGCUGCUUCAGGGGAGGAUUGUGUGAAUAAGAACGCCACAGUGUACUAAAUAUUUGAUUAACAAACUGUACAACAUUUACACAUGUACUCUGUGAUCGUGUUGAAAUAAAC